CAAGAGAAAUCUGUCGUUGAGACCGCCGUAAAAAACGAAUCAGUCGAAGCGACUUCCUUACUAAAAGUAGAACCUGAUGGCGACGUUGUUAUGACACCUCAGGUAGAGUCUGGGAUAGGUGCAAUGGCCGAGGACGAAGUCACUCCCGAAGUUACAGACAUGGUUCCUACUCCAUAUGAAACGAAUAUAGAAUCAUCACCGCCCAUAAAUAAUUUCCCGAUUCCUCUAAACCUUAAUUCGGUUGCUAAAAACUUUAAAAAUCCGCAUUACAGGCCGUCGAGAAAGUACAAAAAUGUCAAACAAAUGUUGGUUGCUGAAAGGAAGGAGAAUAUGCCACUGGACAUACCAACUUGCAAAUAUCCCAAUUUUAUGAUUCAUUCUCUCACUCCCAGAGUAAAGUUUUAA